AUGGCCCCUCGGCCCUGCCGAAGCGGCCUCCUCCCGCCGCGAGCGCUCUGCCACGGGCCGCGACGGGGGGCCGCGGCGCGCUGGGGGCCCCGGCUGCGGCGGGAGCUGGCCGGCGCCACCAGGUGCUCUGCUUCCCUGGCGACGGGGUGGGCCCCGAGCUCUUCCGCUGCCAAACAUGUCCUGGCGGCGACCGGCGUGGAGUUCGAUUACGAGGAGAUGGCGUACGGGCGUUGCCUCCAGGAGGCCUCCGGCUGCGCAGUGACCGAAGAGCAUUUGCAGGCGAUCGAGCGAAUCGGUUGUGUGUUGAAGGGUCCCAUCGAGGUGCCUUCUGGAGAACAGGCAGAUGGCAUCGUGGAGCUCCGAGGCCGAAGAUUCACAUCAGCGAACCAAGCUUUGCGCAAGCUGCUAUCGCUCUACGCCAAUGUACGACCUGCACGCAACCUGGGCGGAAUUGGUGCCAAGUUCCCAGGCACUGACAUCGUCGUAGUUCGGGAGAACACUGAAGGCAUGUAUGUCGGCGAAGAGGCUUGGGAGGGUGGCGAACCAGGACGUUCCGCGGUGGCCACCCGCCGGAUCACGCGGGAGGGUUCGCUUCGAGUGGCCCGCUUUGCUUUCACGUUUGCUGAGCGGCAUGGUCGCCGCCUCGUGACUGCCGCGCACAAGGCCAACGUGUUGCGUUUGUCCGAUGGCCUUUUCCUGGAGUGUUGCCGCCAGGUCGCCAAGGAGUUCCCCGGGAUCGAGUAUUCCGAGCAGCUCUGCGACUCCCUCCUUACAGCGAUGGUGCUCGAGCCACAGAAGUGGGACGUCAUUGUUUGUGAAAACCUCUACGGCGAUCUCGUUUCGGAUCUUGCUGCUGGUUUGGUUGGAGGUCUGGGCUUGGCUCCCUCCGCCCUCUUUGGUAGCGGCAGUACGGCUAUCUUCGAGCCCGCCCACGGGAGCGCCCCAGACAUUGCUGGGAAACCUGCGGGUUUGGUGAACCCCUCCUCCAUGCUGCUCUCGGCGGCGAUGUUGCUCGGGCACGUUGGAGAAGAGGAUGCGCAGCAGCGCCUGGUCGAUGCCCUCGAGGCUGUGAUCGCGGAGGGCCAGUUUGUGACCAGGGAUCUCGGUGGCUCUUCCGGGACGCAGGCCAUGGCGCAGGCGGCGGCCGCAAAGCUCAUGCCUCCAUCGGGCGGCUCCCAUCCAGCAGCAGCGCGGCUCUAA